UAACAACCACUAUCUCUGUCAUAACCCAUCAAGUAUCCGCCCACCCAAAUCACUCAGGAACCCAUUAACACCCAUCUCUUUCUGCCCACGCUUUUUUUCGGUCCUUUAUAGAGAGAGAAAGUGUGGACACAAAAAGCUUGCAAUGGAGGUUGGGAGGAGCUGUGGGCUGUUGGUUUUAUCAAUGCAUUGAUACAUGGAUUCCAAUUGCCAUUUCAUGUUCAUGUGAUGAUUGUAUUAAGAAUUGGGGUUCUGAAGAAUGAAAGUAUGAAUUCAACCAUCUAGAACUAGAUUGUGCUUUAGAUUUGAUUUGGAAGAGAAGGUGCUGGUUUAAUCGUGGAAUGAGUCAUGUCUUAGUUUGGAGAACAUUCGAUCACCCAAACAGAUUUAGGAUUUCGCAGUGGUUGCGUAUUUCCAGUAAGUCAGGCACCGUUUUCUAUAAUAUGUCCCAUAGACCUAAAAUGGGAGACGAAGUAAAGUUCCAGCAGCGGUGGGAGUUUAGGAGGGCGGAUGAUGGCUUUGAUUCUUCAUGCGAUGAUUCAAAAUCAAGCUCUGGGAGUCCGUCAGUCCUGAAAAAGCAUAAAAUGGUUUCUAAAUUAAUCUCUCCUGACAAUGAUGAAUCAAGUGAUGCUAGUAGACCUCAGCAGAAGGAAAAGGAUGGUCCUGGUUUUCGGGUUGAAUGUGGGAACGGUAAAGCGGUUCAAAGUAAGAAGAGGAAAAAGGAUAACUUACCUAAUAAUGCAGUGAAGAGGGGUUCUCGCAAUGAUGCCAAAAAGAAGAAGAGUAAAGCUAGUGCUUAUGAGCCUGCCUUAUUGGGAGACAUCAAAAACUUCAUGGAAUCUUUAUUGGAGGAUCUUAAGGUUACGACAAAAAGUUUGUUUUCAUGGAUGAAGGAAGAAAUUCAUAAAUUGGAAGCAGAUGAUGUUGGUGCACAGCCUGAAAGGAGAGGAAGCGGUGUGGGGAGCAUCCAUUUGCAGCAGCAAAACCUUGGAGAAAACAAUCAUCUGCAGCACCAAAACCACAUUGCAGAGAACAUUAAAAAGCGACAUUGUAGCAACAAGGAGGAAAAUAUUCCUUUGCAGCAGCUUAAGGACUUAAAAUCUUGUACAAGAGCUCAAAAUUCUAAUGGUAGACUGUCCCAAAGACGUCUUAGAAGAAGAAAGGCAGUUCAAUCUAAUAACUGUGAUGAAACGCCUGAAAAUCAAGUCAAUUUUGCAUCUGCUGAAAAGGACAAAGGAGGGAAGCAGGCAUUAACUGUUAGGAAAGACAUUCAAUCUACUCGUUCAGACCAGAAUGACACCAUGCAGCAUCAGAAGAGUGUUGUAUUGGCCAUCGGAGCUCAAAAUUCUUACGGUAGCAGGAAAGGAAAAAAGGCAGUUAAUCUUAGUAAUCACUAUGAAGUGCCUGAAGAUGGAGAUUGCCAAAUCGUUGGAUCCAUGAAACCAACUGAAAGGAAGAAUGGAGAUAAGUUGGGAUUAUCUUCCGAUCCAAAAUUUUCAUCCUAUACUUCUUGUCAGGUAGCAUCUUCAAUGUAUUUGACAUUGCCCUCUGUUUUAACUGAGCCCCUACUCACAAAUCAUAGUGUCAGUACUUCUUCAUGCAACAAUACUCAACAAAGAAAUUAUGGCAAUGAAGCUAUUGUGAAUGCUAUAAGAGCCAGCCCCAUUCUUGAUUCAAGCACUCAACCUGGAUACUUGUCAGCUGUACGGCCAGUGGAAAGAAUUGGAGACCUUGUACAAAUGGUUUCCGGAGGCAGUUUUCAUACUAACCUAAACAGCUCCCCUGGUUCAGGCAUUCUUCACUAUGGUGUUAACAGUGGUUUUAAUACUCCUAGCCAAGUUAGCUUGGAAAGUUUAUCUCGAGGAAAUAAUAACUUGAUGGGUCUGAGAAUGAAUGGCGGAGGAGCCAUAAGGAAUUUGAGGGGAAGCUAUGCUUUGCCUGAAUAUUACACACCCAACGUCUUGCAUAACUAUUCAAGUUAUAGAGCUGAUGAUAGGCUUGUGGCAUUUCAAUCUUCAGACCACAAAGAUGGCUGUCGACUCCCAAAAUAGUUUGAUAGGUAGGUGGUGGAAAUUGAACAGAAAUCAAACAUCUUUUUGAAUGCUUGCUUUGAGUUUUGCUCUCUGCUCUUUUUCCUUUGUUUGAAGAAGGCACUAAAAUUAUGAAAAAAAGAGUGUAGUGAGCUGGGAAAGUGCUAUGAAUUUUUGUCUUAGUUGCUCACGAGAUCCUGAAUGGGAUGGAGUGGAUGAUUGGCUAAAGGCCUAUGCACUUAUAUAUGCCUUUUCAGCUGUUGUGUUCUUGUUUGGAUUUGUGCCAGUAGCCCAGUACUAUAACAUUCAAGUCAAGUCCAUUGCUGAAGAAUAACAAGGUUAUGCAGUAACAGUGUAGCACCCACUUGAUAUUGUCUCCAUUUGAGACCUGCAAUCUUUCUCUCAUUGUGGGAAUACCAGUUUGUAAUCCUUGUGAUUUCAUAUGUCAUAGUCUUGAGCUGUGUUGAAGAAGUAAUUUAGUUAGUCGCAAAGGCUAGACCUUUUCAAAUCCA